AUGGAGGGGAGCCCUCCCCCUGAGGCGCGGCGCCUGCCACGGCCCCCCAAGCAGCACGGCCAGAGCGGCGGCCGGAGCGCGGUCCCGCCGGAGCGCCCCGAGCCCGCCCGCGGCCCCCACGCAGUCCUGGAGGGCAAGGUGAAGGCGCUGAAGGAGAAGCGGGGCGGGCGGCCCGGGACCCCCGCAGCCGCCCCCGAGCGCCCCUCGCCCAAGAAGCCGCGGCCCCGGCGGGGGAAGCCGGGGGCAGAGGGGCCGGGGGAGCCGCGGGCGCAGCUCCGGACCUACCUGACGGACGGGCUGCUGGAUGGAGCGGAGCCCGCCCCUGGCAGCCCCCCGGCACCCUGCGCCGCCACCCCGGGGCUCUGGAGGGUCCCGGCAGGCCCCGAGCUCCCUCCGGACAAGGGCAGCAGGUCCUGGCGCUCUGCCUCCCUCCACGACAGACCCUCCCUGGAUGAAGAGGGCCGGACCCCGCUGCGGGACUGGGGGCGUCCCUCCGUGUCCCCCCCCACGGCGGAGAGCUGGGAGAGGCUCUCGCUGGCUGAGCGGGUGGAGAGAAACCGGCGGCUGCUGCAGGAGGUGCUGGGCCUUGCCGCACCCGAGAUGCCUGCGAGUGACGGCGACUGGGACUCUGGGGUUUCACUGCAGGAUGCUGAAGGCUGCAGGGCCUUUGUGGCCGGGCAGGAGCUCGAGCUGAGCCCGCGGCACGAGCAGGCCAAGCAGCUGCUGCAGCGCGCCCGCAUGAAGGCUCGGACGAACCCCCUGCGGGCCAGCCACGACAUCCUCCUGCUCCCCGGCCCGCACCCCAGGGAGCCCAGCGGGAGGCCGAGCAUCGCCCCGCGGGACGGCGGGAGCCUGAGCGACUCGUCCAGCGGGGACUCGAGCUGCGGGCGGCCGCGGCGGCCGCGGGGACCGUCCCCGUCCCGCGUCCGCUUCGAGGACGAGUCGGCCCGGGACGCCGAGGUGCGCUACCUGGAGCGGCUGCAGCUGCGGCACCGGCGGGCGCUGGGCUCGGCGCUCCUCUCGCCGGAGCCGGCCGGCAGCAGGCAACCGGGGGACGGCGCUGGCCAGCCCAAAGCCCGCAGUGGCGACCUCGUGGCCGGGGGCAAGUGCAGCGCCUGCGGCUCCUUCCUCGGUGCUGCCGCCGGCCGGGGCACGGACACGCAAGCUCCCCCCGAUGUGGCCAAAAGUAGCCCUGCGGCACAAAGAAGCGUCCCAGGGGAUGGCAGAGGGCUGAGCGCUGCCCAGACAGAGCCUAAAAUCAGGCCUCUGGGCCCCGGAGGGUCCCCACUGUGGAUCCUGCCGUCCCGGCAGCGCAUCCACACCGAGAAGAUCAAGGAGACCUACAUCGGGGAUGUCACCUACAUUGACGAGGUGGACUCGGCCCUGGAGAGCACCGACACCUCCGACGGCUGCCGGACAGACAGUGAAGAGGCAGGACCCCGCAGCCCCCACCUGCGGGGGCACCGGGACCCCCGGGCUCGCGGGCACAGAACUCCCCGUGCUGCCCCGCAGCCAGAGGCAAGGGCCAGGAAAGGGACGUGUGUGGCCAGCGGUGGCCCCGAGGACGGGGACUCGGGUCCGGGGCCUGUUUGCCCCCCACCACCAGGAAGAACUAGCAGCCGGGAAGAUGGAGAACCGCAUCGACAUCUAGGGGAUGGCAAGGGAGUGGGAAACACAGCUCGCGCCCCGCAGCAGCCCUGCGAACCUUCCUCGCAGCUGAGGACCAGCACCCCCAUUCCAGGCACACACGUCCCUGCUCCCCCUCCUACCAAGAAGGCCUGUGCCCAGGUGCCUUGCAGGAAAGCCCUGUUCUCCAGCAGCAGCCACCAGGCAUCGAGCCAGGGAGUCCAGGGCCCGCAGCCGGAUGCUGGCAGUGCCACUCCACCGCAGCCCGGGGGCACGGCGGGGCUGGCCCAGCAGCGAGGUCCCUGCAGCCCCAGGUGGCUCCCGGGGAGCCCCCUCCGUGCCUUGUCCACCAACAAUUGCAACAACACCCAUGGGCAGAACACCCCGGGGACCGGCAGAGGUUCGCUGUCACACCCCGCUGCCGGCCCUGUCACCCCCGUGCCCUUGAAGGCUGCUCAUCCUGCCGGGGAAAGUGCUGGAAUGCCAGGAGCGCAGCCACAGCAGCACCCAGCUGGGAGCACUGCACAUGGGGAGCUGGGGCGGCCGGUGAGCCGCAAGGGCAGCAGCGCUUCGGCGUCGGGGCUGAAGAAGCUCCUGUGCAGCCUGAGCCAGAGCACCAAGCAGCGCCUGGGCCGCUUCCGCUGCUACAGCAUGGAGCAGCUCCCGGCACCUGGCGGCUCCCCACCAGGCGGCCCUGGCAUCAAGAAGUCACCAUCCCUGCAGUCCCUGCAGCUGGUGUCACCCUUCUGCCAGCCCCAAAAAGCUGCCUCUAUCCAGAGCCUGCAUCCCCAGCUGGGCAAGGCACCCCGUGCCAGCGCCUACCUCCUGCCACAGACCACGGCUGACAGGAAGGGGGGCUCAGGGCCGCAGCGCUCGCUGAGCGUGGAGGACAUCGGUGCGCCCGGCCAGCUGCGCGCGGUGGGGCGCGUGGUUGAGGUCUUCCCUGAUGGCACCAGCCAGCUGGAGCUGCAGCGACCGCCCCACGGCGCCUUUGGGUUCUCCAUCACCUCCGGACACGGCCGGCCUGACACAGGUGUCUACGUGCAGGAGAUGGCGGAUGCCGGCACAGCCAAGCUCUACGCGGGGCUCCUGGGCGUGGGGGAUGAGAUCCUGCAGGUCAACGGCGCGGCCGUCUCGGGGCUGGGGCUGGCCCGCAUCCGCGAGCUGCUGCUCCAGGCGGACACCCUGUCCCUCCGCGUGCUCCGGCACCGCCCCGCGCCACGGUAGCCCUGGCACGGCUCCUGGUGGGAGGAGGAGGAGCAUCUCCCAGUGAUGGCAGGACAGGGAUGUAACAGGAUGCAGAAUGGCAUGGCAUGGACCAAGCUGCCUCACAGUGUCAGGACCUGCCCAGCUCUAUUGCAGUGGGGACAGGUGGUUUUCUUCGUCCCCCUGGGAGAGAAUGUGGGACCAAGAACCCCACGGAGUCUCCAUGAGCUGCCCAGGUGUGGGGGGACAGGGGCAGCCUGGCCCCAGGAGAGCUGGAUGGCUUUGUCCUGCUGGGCACUGGGGUGACCAGCAUAGGGACACCCCAUCCCUCUGACCCCAGGAGACAGAGGACUUCCUGCCAGCACUGUCACCUUGUGCUGGAGGGCUGGUGAGGUUCUUUUAAAUUAUUUCAAACUGAAACACAAAAAUACA